GACAAUAUCGGUCAUACCUUCAUUCAUGAUAAUAACGGUCAACCAGAACUUCUUAUUGCUCGAAACAAUCCUUACAUCAAUCUGUAUAACCGUCUUCAGCUACAAGAUUGGCAUGCAAAUGUUGACUUAAAGCUGCUUUUAAAUAUUCAUGCCAUUCUACAAUAUGUUGCUAAAUAUGCAAGUAAAUCGGAACCAUGGUCUGCAAUAUUUUCAGAAAUAUUAAAUCACAUUCUUCAUGAUAGUAAUCCGUUGGAUUCUUCACUUGGAAACAUGUCAUCUUCUUUUUGGUAUUCCACUUUAUCACUCCAGUGUUGCUUUGUUACAUUAAAUCUUAACAAGAAGGCACCAUGUUGGCUUUGUGGAACUAGAAAUGAAGGUUUUGUGGCAACAUGCCAAGAAGAAUUCUGUCAUACAAAGGUUUUACUUCAUGUUCGCUAUAGAAAUGAGCUUGUUGACAUGCUUGGUCCAUCUGUUGAUAAAGUAGAAGAUUUUGAUGAAGAUGUUGAAGAUUAUCAACUAGAAACCAAAGAAGAGGAAGUUCUGUCUGAUUGGAUGAUUUUAGCAGGAAUAGGCCUUAAUGCAAGUGUAUGUGAUGCUGAUCAAAAUCAUGACUGGUUCAGAGAUGUUAGGCAAUACUAUCAAAAUUUUAAUCUUGCUGAUGUAGACAUGUUUAUACAGCAAAUCUGUUGCAACGAAGCUAUUAAUGAUGAAAAACAUACUCAAUCUGCUGGUAUUGAAGACUAUCCUGAUUUAGUGGUUUUAUAUUGGUAUGAAGUUACUCAAAAAUUGUUAGUGUUUCGGAUAUUUGAAGAAUUUUGUACCUGCAUAGAAGCUAAAGAUAGGCAUUUGAAAGCUUUUUUUGAUGAACUUGUAUUAUCAGCAAAUUUGUCACAAAAAAAGCGUGAAUCGUAUCCUAAAAUUAUGUCCCAGUUGCUACUCGUUUGUGGAAUAGAAGAAUUUGAAACAGAAGAACUCGAAAAUGAAAUAGUCAAAGAUGAUGAACUUAUCAUCUCUCGUGGUAUUGGAAAAACAGAACUUGAUGAUUUAUUGCAAAAGCUUAAAGGGUUACAAUAA